AGUUAAAAACCUAAGUUUUUUUUUAGCACACUCACACAAACUCACAAAGGCGGAGAAGAACGCAGAGCUACCUCCUACUCCUCUCAACACAUUUCCCAGUCAAGCAUCGAAGAAGACUUCCUUUUUUUUCCUCGAAUCUAAAUCUGUAACGAAAGAGCUGCGGUCAAUACACACUAGUAUAACCGUCGCUUUACUAACUGCAGAACUCCCUUUCCCCCUAAAAAAAGAAAGCCAAAGAAGAUCGAUCCGCUAAAUCGUCUUCUUUCCUCCCCUCCGCUUGUUUUCUUUUCUGUGAACCUUUAUCCGAUCACCGCACGCACACUCCUCAAUCAUGGGCAAGAAGAAGGCUUUCUACCAGCAGGAGUACGCUGAGCACAUCGGCGCGACGAUCCUGUGUGUGACCUCCUUCCUGGCGGUGACCUUCCUCUCCUGCGGUACUCCGCUCGGCAUGCUGAUGCUGCGCGAGUGGAACAUUUCGUAUCCUGAGUACCCCGGCGUCUACUUCGAGCGCCCGUGCUACACGCUGUGGGGUAUGCGCAACAACUGCUGGAACGCGAACUACACGCUGCGCGUCGACGACCCAAAGAUUGCCCAGUGCCCCGAUAUGCGCUCCCGCUUCGAGGCUGCUGAGGCGUUCAGCGUGAUUGCGCUCUUCUUCCUCCUCUUCGUGCUGGGUGCGUCGUGGUACAAGCUGUGCGGUGCGAGCAUCAAGACCGUAGUGACGCUGCUGGCCGCCUUUACGCUCGCCGCGACCAUCGUGCCGUUCGCCGUGGUGACCGCCUUCUACCACACCUCCUUCUGCAACCUUGACUUUCUUACGCACAAGUACACUCGCUUCGGCGCCGGCUACGCGCUGACGACGACCUCGUUCUGCAUCCAGACGGUCGGCCUGAUUCUUUUCAUCUUCCUCGAGCCGGCGGUGGUGGAGCCGAAGCGCACGACGCUCGAUGAGCCGAAGAAGACGCCGUCGGAUGCCACCUCCUCCAACGAGCCCGCCCACUAG